UGUUUUUCGACAUGGGUCGCUAUAGUAAUGGUGUUCUUUUUUAUUCCGUCCAUGGCCUUGAAUCAAGAUGUGGUUUGUUACGGAAUUGGGAAGACAUAUCUUUAUCGAUAUUCAUCUGAUAUUUCCGUCCAAGAAAUGGAACCAAUAUCGACCAGGUGUCCAUCCGACAUACCGGUCAACAUCAACAAAUUGGUUCCACUUCAGAGUGAAUGGUUAUGGUGAAGUUGACAAAGUCUGGCAUCCUCAUAACGAGACUUUAGAGGUUGUCAAUAUCAAAAAAGCAAUAAUAAGCCAAUUAUCUGCCCGGCUACAUAUGUCCAACAUGAAUACAAGAUCAACUUGGGCAUACUACAUCAAUGAAACUGACACAACUGACACUGGUGACAAGUUAGUAUUUGAUAAAUACAAGCCAAAUGGACACACUACAGUUCCAAACAGUGAAGGGUUUCAUGAAAAGAGGGUCGAAUAUCGAAAGGCCAAAAGAGUACCCGAAUUUGUUGAAUCUGUGGUGAACUUCACAGCUCCAAAUAAACCUGUGCCAGGCAAUCAAGCUGAUACAAAAUUACCUGGUGAUCCAAACAAAGACCACGGACCCGGAUGGGCAAACGACCUAGUGUUGCCUACGAUGACUGUUAUAUCACGUGACUAUAUCAAACUAACCGCAAUACUAACGACUGACGACCACACACGUAUAGUUGAGCCAGGUGAUCUAAAAGAAGACUAUUUGGAAGUGAAAAACCAUACAACAGUCCAUAAAAAACCGUUGAAUCAGAUAUACAACGACCUCAUGGGCAAUAUAUCGAUGGUAGCUAAAAUACCUCGAGCAGAUUCUGCAGAGCGACUAAAUUAUCUCCAAACAGCGGCAAAGCUUAUGAGGCUUUUGUCAGAUUCCGAUAUUACUGUUCUCGCAAAGAAACAAUUAGACAACAAUCCUAAGUCAAAGUUUGACCAUGCACUGCAACAUGUUACAAUGGACGUGAUUGGAAUGAUGAGAACCAACCAUUCAAUGGAACUCAUAGUCGAAUAUGUCCUCAAAAACGUAAAGUCCAGUGCAAAACUUGUAGCAGAAGGGAUGGUGAAUUUCGUGAAGCUGGAAUUCCCCCCACCAGAAGUUUCGAAGACGAUGAAGAUGCAUACUUAG